UACAAACCACCAAUUUCCCAAUUUCCAUUUUCAUUUCCAUUAUAAGAAAAAAGGACCCACUUGGAAUUGUCGCUGACGAGGAGUGUCUUGUGGCCACACGAGCUUUACCAUUACUAGAGCGGCAAAACCAUUGUCCUUAGCUUCUGCAUGUGAAUUCUUGCAAUGCUUUUCCUUUUCUCCACGGUAAGCAUGAAUAACAAUUGCUGGUUCUUGUAAUUAUUAUUGCAAUUCCAUUUUUUGUGAAUUCACUGUGCAAAGUUGUAUGUUAAUUAGUGUGACCCAGAUGGUGUUUUGAGUAUUUGUUUGGAGAUUCAUUGAGUACUUUGAGAGAUUUGUAUGAUACCUAUGGAUACUUUGCUCAAAACACCUAACAAGCUUGAGUUUUUGCACCCCCUUCACGGUUACUCUGAAAAAUUUAGCAAUUCAUGUUCCUCUAGGGUACAAAAUCAGGAUUUUAGGUUUGGUUCCAAGAAACCAAUUGUGAGGUGGGGUAAAUGUGGUAAUUUGAGGGCUAGUAGCAGUGCCCUUUUGGAGCUUGUUCCUGAAUUCAAGAAGGAGAAUCUGGAUUUUGAACUUCCUUUGUAUGAUUCUUCAAAGGGUGCUGUAGUGGACCUUGCUGUUGUGGGAGGAGGUCCUGCAGGGCUUGCUGUUGCACAGCAGGUUUCUGAGGCAGGGCUUUCAGUUUGUGCCAUUGAUCCAAACCCCAGGCUGAUUUGGCCCAAUAAUUAUGGGGUUUGGGUGGAUGAGUUUGAGGCCAUGGAUUUGCUUGAUUGCCUUGACACUACUUGGUCCGGCGCGGUCGUCUUCAUUGACGACAAAACAAAGAAGGAUCUAGACAGGCCUUAUGGUAGGGUCAACAGGAAGCUGCUGAAGUCCAAGAUGCUGCAGAAAUGCAUAUCAAAUGGCGUCAAGUUUCACCAAGCAAAAGUUAUCAAGGUUAUUCACGAGGAGACCAAAUCUUUGCUGAUUUGUAAUGAUGGUGUCACUAUUCAGGCCACUGUGGUUCUUGAUGCAACUGGCUUUUCAAGAUGCCUUGUUCAGUAUGAUAAACUGUAUAAUCCGGGGUACCAGGUUGCUUAUGGGAUUUUGGCCGAGGUUGAUGAACACCCGUUUGAUGUAGAUAAAAUGCUUUUCAUGGAUUGGAGAGAUUCUCAUCUGAACAAUGACAUGGAGCUGAAGCAGAGAAAUUGUAGGAUACCCACCUUUUUGUAUGCCAUGCCCUUUUCAUCCACCAAGAUAUUUCUUGAAGAAACUUCUCUUGUGGCACGCCCUGGGUUACGAAUGGAUGAUAUACAAGAAAGAAUGGUUGCAAGGUUGAAACACUUGGGUAUUAGAGUGAAAAGCAUCGAAGAAGAUGAGCAGUGUGUCAUUCCCAUGGGUGGCCCCCUCCCAGUACUUCCCCAAAGAGUUGUAGGCAUUGGCGGUACCGCAGGAAUGGUGCAUCCUUCGACAGGGUAUAUGGUAGCAAGGACCCUGGCUGCAGCUCCUAUUGUUGCUAAUUCUAUUGUUCAGUGCCUUGGUUCUGAUAGAGGUUUUUCAGGAGGCGAAACAUCUGCACAAGUGUGGAAAGAUUUGUGGCCUAUCCAAAGGAGGCGACAAAGGGAGUUCUUCUGUUUUGGUAUGGACAUCUUACUCAAGCUGGACUUACCAGGUACAAGGAGAUUUUUUGAUGCAUUUUUUGAUCUGGAACCUCAUUACUGGCAUGGAUUCUUAUCAUCAAGACUGUUUCUUCCCGAGCUCAUAUUUUUUGGACUCUCUCUAUUUUCUUAUGCUUCUAAUACAUCUAGGAUAGAGAUUAUGGCAAAGGGAACUCUUCCUUUGGUAAACAUGAUCAACAACUUGGUAAAAGAUACAGAAUAAGACGACUUCCUUCUAUUCUGUUGUGUAUGCUACAUAUGGUUUGUGCUUCAACAUGUAGUUUCCUACUCAUCUUAUAGAUUUCUGAUAAUGUAUAAUUGUGUAUAUUUAUUUACUCUUUGCUCACCGUAAUUCACUUUGGAGAAAAAGUUCCCAAACUUACUCUAUUUUAAGCC